AUGAUCAAGGCAGAAGAAGAGGAGUUUGUGUCAGAAGAGGGAGAGGAGCAGAUCAAGGAGGGAGAGGAGCAGGCCAAUGAGGGGGAGGAGCAGGCCAAUGAGGGAGAGGAGCAGGCCAAUGAGGGAGAGGAGCAGGUCAAAGAGGGAGAGGAGCAGGCCAAUGAGAGAGAGAAGCGGGUCAAGGAGGGAGAGGAGCAGGUCAAAGAGGGGGAGGAGGAGGUCAAGGAGGGAGAGGAGCAGGUCAAAGAGGGAGAGGAGCAGGUCAAAGAGGGAGAGGAGGAGGUCAAGGAGGGAGAGGAGCAGGUCAAAGAGGGAGAGGAGCAGGUCAAGGAGGGAGAGGAGCAGGUCAAAGAAGGAGAGGAGCAGGUCAAAGAGGGAGAGGAGCAGGUCAAAGAGGGAGAGGAGCAGGUCAAGGAGGGAGAGAAGCAGGUCAAGGAGGAGGAGGAGCAGGUCAAAGAGGGAGAGGAGCAGGUCAAGGAGGGAGAGGAGCAGGUCAAAGAGGGAGAGGAGCAGGUCAAGGAGGGAGAGGAGCGUUGUCUGGCUAUUUGGACAAUAUUGCCUGUGAUGUUGAUGAGGUCCUGUGGCCCGACCCAGCCCGAUGACAUGAUGCCGCCCAAUGAUUUCAGUGUCAACAUACUGUACAACAUACAGUACAACAUACUAUAA